AUGAGCGGCAUACCCCACAACUUCCCCAUGUCCUUGCGACCAUGGCCCACCAAAGAAGGGAAUGGCUCGGCGCUCCCGACUCUCAUAUCUCGAAUCAACGCCGAAAGAGGCCAAUUCAGGAACCUCACGGAAGAAGGCCUUCGGGAAGAGAUUGCGAAGGGAGAGAAUGAGGCUGCAGCAGACAAUGAGGACGUGAGCACCGAGGAUGAGACCGAAGCAGCGCCUGAUCGGCAGAAGGAAGUUAUGGACGCGAAGGCCGAGAUGCUGGCCCAAUUAGAACAAGCACACCAUGCCUCAAUGAUCGCACUCGACUUCGUUGCGCUUCUCCUCUCGAAAGACCAACCAGUACAAGCCGGUCUCUCAAUAUCAGACGGUCUGCGCCACGUUGUCUCAUUAGGCACCCUCGGCGCUGACCGCGUCAAAGACACACGCCUUACUGAGCCGCGCAAGAAAGACAUUGCCGCUGUCGGCAAGGGCUGGAAGAUCCAAAGCUUCAACACCAGCGUCGAAUCCAUCCUGAACGCCGCCUCACGCCUCGAGACCGAAAUCGCAGCCGAGACAAAGUACUGGGAGGCCAUUCUGUCUGUUGACGAGAAGGGCUGGAAGACUUGUAAGCUACCCCAAGAGCAACAUACCCUCGGCGUACGCUUCGGCUUCUUCGACGCCGCCCCCGCCUUCAGCAACCGCAGCCUCGCUGCCCUCCGCCGCCAACCAGAUGGCACCGCCUACCUCGACCACGGCGCCGCCGACCCAACCCCCAAGCGCGUCCUCAUCCACAUCGAGACAAACGGCGUCCUAACCGGCGCCCUCGCCCCCGAAACCUCCGCCCCCGACUCCUCCUCCCUCGAAACCCUCGUCCUCCGCUCCCGCAACGCCAUCUUCGAAGAAGAGCUCUGGCAAGAGCUCAACCGCGAAGCCCGCACCCUCGCCAACCACAGCGUCCGCAUGACCGGCGACGAGAUCUCCUGCCAGCUCACCCCCUCCACCCGCAUCCUCUUGCGCCUCGAGCCCCUCUCCACCUCCCCCCCAACCACUACCCCCCAACCCCGCGCCCACGACGACAUCGCCACCAUGCUCUCCCUAGCCCUACACCUCGAACUCAGCUACGCACACCGCCAGAACCAACGCCGUCGCACCCAGCCCCCUCCCCCCAUCAGCUCCGCCCCGCGCCCAAACCCACCCUACGCGCUCCUCCGCCCCCUCCUCGCAUACGAACACCACAUCGGCGUCCUCGCCGCCCUGCGCGCCACUACCGCAUCCCUAACCACCACCCUCUGCGCCGCUUCCCUCACUGUCCCAGCCGCAACUUUACUACCAGCUACCCCGACCCCGGCAACUUCCACAGAAGAGCGCGUCGCGGCCCUCCUCUCCUCGCGCGAGGCAGAGUUCCUAGUCCCCUUACCCGCGAACCAGAGCGUGACUAUCAAGCUCCGUUCCGAUCUAGGUAUCCAAACUCGCUUCCGCAUUGAAAUCACGCCCGCGCUCGCGGCGGUGUGUCGUGCGCCGCCGAACCCGUCAGUGGAGGAGGUGAGGACGUUUUUAUGGUGGGCGGCGGGGUGUGCGGUGGUGCGUGCUGUUGUUGAGAAAGGGGAGGAGGCUGGGGUGGGGGAGGGGUUGAAGGGGUGGAAGGAGAUGGCUAGUCCAUGUUUGGUGAGUAAGGAGGCGGGGGGGAGGUCGAGGGAGAUUGGGGUUGUGGUUGUGGAGGGGAGGUUGGGGUUGAAGGUUAAGAGUGGGAAGGGGAAUAGGGUGGUGGGAUGGGGGGUGGGUGGGGAGGAGAGGGGGGUGUGGGAGGUUGUUGAGGAGGUGGGGAGGAGUGAUGGGACGGAGGGGGCGUGGGGGGAUGGACAUGAAGUUAUUAGAGAGGUUACGGAGAUUGAAUAA